AAAAUCCACUUCGUUCCCUCUUUUUUUUUCCCGUGGCGGAUCGAAAGAAUCCCCCAGAAACCCUAACCCUAGCUUGCUCCAGCCAUGGCGAACUACGACCUCACCCCCCGGAUCGCCCCCCACCUAGACCGUCACCUCGUCUUCCCCCUCCUGGAGUUCCUCCAGGAGCGCCAGCUCUACGCCGACGACGAGAUCCUCAAGGCCAAGAUCGAGCUCCUCAGCCAGACCAACAUGGUCGACUACGCCAUGGACAUCCACAAGACUCUAUACCACACUGAGGAGGUCCCCCAAGAGAUGAUUGAUAGGAGGGUCGACGUCGUUGCGAGGUUGAAAUCUCUCGAGGAGUCGGCGGCGCCGCUGAUUUCUUUUCUUCAGAACGCUACUUUGGUUCAGGAGCUGAGACCGGAUAAACAAUACAAUAUCCAGAUGCUCAGUGAUCGGUUUCAGAUUGGUGUGGAUCAGAUAGAGGCUUUAUAUCAAUAUGCUAAGUUUCAGUUUGAGUGUGGGAACUACUCUGGUGCUGCUGACUACUUGUAUCAGUAUCGUGCUUUGUGCACUAACAGUGACAGAAGUUUGAGUGCUUUGUGGGGCAAGCUAGCGGCAGAGAUUCUGAUGCAGAAUUGGGAUAUUGCACUGGAGGAACUUAAUCGACUCAAGGAGAUCAUAGAUUCAAAGAAUUUUGCUUCACCUUUAAAUCAGCUGCAGAAUAGGAUAUGGUUGAUGCAUUGGAGCCUUUUCAUCUUCUUUAACCAUGAAAACGGAAGAAAUGGAAUCAUUGAUCUUUUCUUCCAAGAUAGGUACUUGAAUGCUAUUCAAACAAAUGCACAUCACCUUCUACGUUAUGUUGCUACUGCGGUCAUUAUCAACAAAAGGAGAAGAAAUAUGCUAAAGGAGUUGAUCAAAGUUAUCCAACAGGAGCAGCACUAUUACAAGGAUCCCAUUACAGAAUUUUUGGAAUGCUUAUAUGUUAACUACGACUUUGAAAGUGCACAGAAGAAGCUUAGGGAGUGUGAGCAAGUAAUACUGAAUGAUCCCUUUCUUGGGAAACAUGUUGAAGAUGGUAACUUUAUCACUGUACCUUUGAGGGAUGAGUUUCUUGAAAAUGCCCGUCUCUUCAUCUUUGAGACUUACUGCCGCAUACAUCAGUGCAUUGACAUCAGCAUGCUUGCUGAAAAGUUGAACAUGAGUUAUGAUGAGGCAGAGAUGUGGAUAAUGAAUCUCGUUCGAAACUCAAAGCUUGAGGCCAAGAUUGAUUCUGUAUCAGGGACAGUUAUCAUGGAAACCAAUCAUCUGAAUGUAUAUGAACAGAUCAUUGAAAACAUGAAGAACCUUAAUAUGCGGACAUAUGUUUUGGCAAAGAACAUUUUAGAACCUGCACAAGCUGCUCGGUAGAAGAGUUUUACGACAUAUAGGAGCAAGACUCGGGCAGUUUCUGGCGUAGCAUUCAGAUUGGAACUCAAAAUUUUGUGAUUUUGUUGAAGAGCUAGAGCUUUCUAUUUCACAUGAAGAUUUUUGACCUUGGUGGGGCUUUCUAUAUAUUGUGAUUGUAUCUGUGCCCUCGCGACUUAAUGCUCUUAUAUUUCUUUUGUUUUUGCCAUCCAAAUUAUAUGGACAUCAAUUUUGCUGAAUUAAGUAACACAUGCUCUUGAUCAUUUCUAGUC